CGAAUUACGAGAUAAAAAAAAAAUUAAGGUUGGUCUUAGUGACUCGACCCGAACUCAUAAAAGAAUCUAACUUAUCCGCCGCCGUAUCUUCUCUUACGUCAUCUUCCGAAAGGUUUUCUCCGACCGAUCCCAAUAUCGUUACAAAGCGGUUCUCUUCACCUCCGAGAAUUCUCUGUGCCAAUAUCUCUACCGGCUCCUUAUAAUUCCGUACACUUACAAUGGUUGAGCGGAAGAAACGUAAACCUAACCAAAGAAACAACAACGACGACAAGAGGAGUCAAAAGAGGCGAAUUUCGAAUAACAACAAUGAUGAAAAGAUCAGUAAAGACGAGCUCGUAAUCUACAGAAUCCUGUGUCCUAACGGAGUCGUUGGAGGUGUUAUUGGCAAGAGUGGUAAAGUCAUAAACGAGAUUAGGCAUACCACGAAGGCAAAGAUCAAGGUUUUUGAUCAGUUGCCUGGUUGCAGCGAGAGAGUCAUAACAAUCUAUUGCUCGGUUACAGAGAAGAAUCUCGACAUAACAAAGAGUGAGACUGAGACCGAGACCGAGCCACUGUGUGUUGCACAAGAUGCUCUUCUUAGAGUCCAUGAUGCAAUUGUGAGCUGUGUAGAUAGUUCUGUAGAGAAGAACACUAAGAUAGGUAGAGAUGAUAAGAAGGAGUGCCGCCUUCUAGUUCCGUCUAGCCAAUCUUCUAGUGUGAUAGGUAAAGCUGGUUCGAACAUUAAGAAGAUACGAAGUAGUACUCGAGCUAGUGUUAAGGUUGUCUCAAGAGAUGUUUCGGAUCCUUCACACGCUUGUGCCAUGGAAUUUGACAAUAUACUUCUGAUAUCCGGUGAGGCUGAAUCUGUGAAGAAAGCUCUUUUCGCUGUUUCUGCGAUCAUGUACAAAACCAAUCCUCGGGAACAGAUUCCUCUAGAGUCAACCGUUCAAGAAGUUCCAGCUAGUGUUGUAAUGCCAUUGGAUCUUUCUAAUUCUGUCUAUCCUCAAGCUGGAUUAUACACAAGUUAUGAUCCUAAUCUUCUUCAUCACGGGGCCGGUGUUUUUGCCUCUGCUCUUCCCGUGUCUCGUGGCUUUGGAGGGUCUUCCAGAUCAGAAGAGUUGGUCUUAAAAGUGUUGUGCCCUUUGUCCAAUAUCGGUCGUGUUAUCGGGAGAGACGGUGCAACUGUUAAGAAAAUGAGAGAAGCAAGCGGUUCUCGUAUUGAUGUUAAUAGGGCAAAGCGUGGUGAUGAUGAGUGUGUUAUCAUUGUCACUGCUACAGAGUCUCCUGAUGAUAUGAAGUCUAUGGCCGUUGAAGCUGUCCUUCUUCUGCAAGAGAAGAUCAAUGAUGAGGAUGAGGAAAACGUUAAGAUGCAACUUCUUGUUCCUUCCAAGGCUCUUGGAUGCGUUAUAGGGAAAAAUGGCUCGGUCAUAACCGAAAUUAGGAAAAGGACCAAUGCCAAUAUCCGUAUCACGAAAGGGAGUAAAGAUGAUCUUGUUGAGGUAUCGGGUGAAGUCAGCAGUGUGAGAGAUGCUCUCAUUCAGAUUGUUCUAAGACUUCGAGAGGAUGUUUUAGGCGAUAGAGGCAGUGCCGUCGCUGCUAGGAAUCCUCCUGCAAGAUCUGAUGAUAAUAGUUUCUUCUCCGGUAGUAGUAAUCCCGGUUUCACACAUCCGUCUUUCAUAUCUUCUGCUCCAGAAUUUCCUCGAGUCAGUUUUGAUCAGAGACGAGAAACAGAGGGAAACAGCUUGGGGAUGGUUUCUUCAGGCAGAUUCUACGGUUAUGGAAGUUUCCCGGGAGAAGAUAAUGGUUUUGGAUCAGUCGGUUCAUACUCAUUUGAAAGAUUGCAUCCAUCUUCUGCCUUGGAGAUUCUUGUCCCGGAGGAUGCAGUGAGUAAAGUUAUGGGCAAAGGAGGAGGCAAUUUGGAGAACAUAAGAAGGAUAUCAGGAGCUCUGGUAGAAUUUUCUGAUUCGAAAACUUCAAAUGGUGAUCGCAUUGCUCUCAUAUCCGGCACACGUGAACAGAUGCGUAGUGCAGAGGACUUGUUCCAAGCUUUUAUUAUGUCCACUUGAAACAGUUUGGGAACUUUUCUUCUCUCUGUCUCUAAAUGGUGAGCUUACAUUGUAAUUCGUUUUCUCGUGCUUUUCCUCUGUCUCGGUCUUUAUCACCUCGGUAUAGCGAUCUUUUGGCUCGAUAAUUGUUAAUCUCUAACCAAUGGUGUCAUUGUAAGUAUCAAGCUUUUGUUUAACUCUAUGAGAUGGAAACCCGGUUCUGUUCUGCAGCUAAUCUUGUCGAUUUACUUCUCAUCAUCAAGUUAUUCAAGGUUUUUGGUGUUUUCUUUAGGAUUUUUUUUGCUACGAA